ACCUUCCCCUUAAAUAAGUUCUACAUCCAGAACUCCAGGGGUCGCUGCCGGUUGCUUCCCCGCCGCGUUAUAUGUAAACUAAUGUGCAGCGGUUCCUGUCCUAGCAUUUGCUGCUUGCUGUGUUUUGUUUUUGUUCCCGUUCCGGUUAUCACAAAAUGGCCGAGGAAGAGGAUGAUCCUGGUUUUGACGAGGAUUUAGACGACGGAGGCAACGGGGUGGACUCGGGCCAAGGGAAAAGAAAACGGCUUUUUUCCAAGGAGCUUCGCUGCAUGAUGUACGGGUUCGGAGACGACCAAAAUCCCUACACCGAGUCGGUGGACAUACUGGAGGACCUGGUGAUCGAGUUCAUCACGGAGAUGACGCACAAGGCGAUGUCCAUAGGGCGCCAGGGUCGCGUGCAGGUGGAGGACAUCGUCUUUCUCAUCCGCAAAGACCCAAGAAAGUUCGCGAGAGUGAAGGACCUGCUCACUAUGAACGAGGAGCUGAAGAAAGCUCGCAAAGCCUUUGACGAGGCCAAUUAUGGGUCUUGAAAUAGACUGUUGCUUUCUAGGUCGUUCGUGCGAUUUAUGGAAAGGGUUAUUAUGUUGUCACCUAUGAUGGAGUUUUACUGUUUGUGAACCAUAGGCCACCUUUCUUACAGAUUCGUUUGAGUUGCUUGCAUUCGAGUGUUUAUUUUAUUGCGUGUAAGAUGUUGUACAAUAAAGAUACAUUUGUUAAACUUUUAA